AUGAAGGCACAACUAGCAGUUGGUUUAAUAUCGUGUGCCUUUCUUUUCAGAAUCGCAACUUCUAACGAAUUUCAACGAAUUAUCAAUGGUGCAUACGCCUCUGAAAAACAAUUUCCAUACCAGGUAUAUUACGAAAGCCUUGAUUUCUCCAACUUGGAAAAACCGUCUUAUUGGAGUUACAAAUGCGGAGGGACAUUAGUAUCGAAGAGAAUUAUCCUGACGGCGGCACAUUGUGUCGACAGUCCUAAAAUAUAUGCAAUUCGAAUAUUUUUUGGAGCCCUUUAUUCAAAUGGUACGUUUGAACCUGGUAAAAAACGAUUGAUAGUUAAAAGGAAAGAUAUUGUGGUUCAUGAGAAUUGGGAACGGUUUCCAGGCUACAAUGAUAUCGCUCUAAUAAAACUACCAAUCGAUGUUAAUUUCAAUGAGUAUAUUCAACCGGCCAAAUUACCUUCGCCAAGUGCUUCUUACAUUGGGAGGGAGGCCACUACCUCUGGAUGGGGAAGGAGUAGAUUCGAAGUGAGAGGACCAGAACCCCAGCUCAAAUACUUCAAUGUGGAUAUUAUUUCGAAUGAUCAAUGCAAAAUGGAAGAAGACCAAAGACACUAUCCAUAUAAAAUAUACCCAACAUCUUACAUAUGCAUUGGCCCAAGUAACAAUUCACCGUGCUACAAAGACUCUGGAGGACCUCUGAUUGUUAAAAAUGACACGGAAACCGUGUUGGUGGGAAUCACAUCGUUUGGAGUGCCGGGUUGUCCACGUCGACGUUUUGCUGCUUUGGCAACAAUUACAAGAGCGCCACUGCCAGUACCAGUAGCAGGGGCAGGAGAGGACUACUUCCAGUCCCAGUACCCUACUCCAGUAGGAGCACCAGAAAACCAGAAUCAGAUUCAUCUGAACCGAAGCAGAAGCGGCAGAAUCAGACGAGGCAAGCAACUAACGUGGAACGUGUCGGAGGAUGAAACGACAACGGAAAAAUACAUACCGAGGCAAGAAAAAUAUAAGCACCCUGUUGCACGUCGGCAGGAUGAUAUGCAGGAGAAGCUUGAGUUGAAGGAGGGUGCAGGGCUCAAGGGCCAGGCUUGUAGUCAGGAUGGGGAGAAAGUUGGACAGCUGGGUCGGCGACUUGCCGCCACUCAAGUGAAGCAACAGUCCGCAAUCACAACAUGCCAGUACACCCACGCAGGGUCCUCCACGCACACAGACAAACAAAAUACACACAGAUACGAGCCAGUCACGUAA